AUGACGGCAGAAAGGAAUGAAACGCAUGCAGAGAAUGAGGUACUCCACACGGAGCACGUUCACGAAUUCGAUGAGUCCUCUAUGUAUGGAACCACAAUUGGUGCAUAUGAUUCGAUCAACGAGCCUCAGUAUCGUGCCAGGAUGAAGAAUGUGAUGAUCCUCUUUGCUCGUCGGGAUUGCUUUGGGACUUGGCGCUUUGCCUUAGUAGAAGGUUGGGCCCAUGAUGAUCCCCGGCGCUUAUUUUCAGCCGCAGGGUUGGCCGGAAAAUUACUUGGCAGCGCUAAUUAA